CAAAUGGAUUCUUCUCUUCGAUCUUCAUCCUCAUCCUCCUCCAACUCCACUUCUUCUUCUUCUUCUCUGAUGGUUUCUUCCCCUUUAGCACUAACCAUCAAAAACCUGCUACCUUCCAAUGAAAACAGUCAAGAAUUCUGUUACUUGCAAAACGGUGGAGGCUUAGGAAUGGCGGCUUUGAUGGAGAAUGCUGAUUCUUUUCUUGAUACAUUGCCUUCCAGCCCCACCUUUCUUUCUGCUAUCUUUGCCUUGUUUCUCUCACAAUCAACCAAAGUUUUCUUUAAUUUCUUUAAGGAGGGGAAAUGGAAUUUCAAACUCAUGUUUGCUUCUCAAGGAAUGCUUUCUACUCGCUCCGCACUAUGUUCGGCUCUCACCACCUCUGUUGCUCUCUCUCAUGGCGUUGCCUAUCCACUCUUUCCCGUUUCUUUGGGAUUCACUCUCAUUGUCAUGUCUGAUGCUGUUUCUGUUACAAGACAGAUUGGCUACCAAGCUCAGGUGCUUAGUACGCUUCUUCAUGAAUUGUCUGGAGGGUUUCCAGUUUUUGGUGAGAGGCUAAAAGAAGAUCAAGGUCACACCCUUCCUCAAGUCUUGACUGGUGCACUGCUUGGUUCUACAGUUGCCGUUUUAUGCUCUCUAGGUUUCAUGCUUCUGCGCCGUUAG